UGGCGGAGUGUGCGUCCUGGACUCUUGUUGGUGGUACUGGUGGCACCUAGUGCCAAGGUGAUCCCUGGGCCCCUGGCUGGCUGCCUCAGUUGUGUGCCACCAGCGGGCGAGGCAACACCUGUUGCUACACACUUGUCACACACACAUGCACUAACACCGCCCCCUCCUGCACGUCCCGCCAACUGUCCUGUGUUUACCCAUUUUACUGUUGACGUGACCCCGCACACGGUGUGUGGGUCACCCCGUUCCUCCCUAGCCACACCACAACACUCACACCUGCUGUUAGAAAAAAAACUAGUUUGCUGGAAACUGUUUCUAGACACACACUGGGUUGGCACACAGUGUGUUCAUAGCGUGUGGGCUCUGCAGUGUGUGCUGUAAAGCCCAGUGUGUACAUAACCUGGAGUGACCCUACCUAACUCUGCCCAUACACCCGGUCACCCUCUGUCCGGCAAAACGUGGCGCCGUGGGUGACAGUGUGUGUCCUCCGCUCUCUUAUGUGACCCUCCAUACUCUCCACGGUACACGUGGACACUGGUCAGCCCACACACUCUCCAGGAUGGACUCGAGCACAUGCCUGGAGCUGGCCCUGGAGGGUGAGCGUCUCUGCAAGGCUGGCGACUGUCGUGCUGGCGUCGCCUUCUUCGAGGCUGCCAUACAGACAGGCACAGACGACCUGCGCACCCUCUCUGCCAUCUACUCGCAGCUGGGCAACGCUUACUUCUACCUGGGAGAGUACGACAAGGCUAUGGAGUACCACAAACUAGACCUUACCGUUGCCAGGACAAUGGGAGACCGGCUGGGUGUGGCCAAGGCAUCUGGCAACUUAGGCAACACCUUGAAAGUGAUGGGCAAGUUCAAGGAAGCAAUAUGUUGCUGUGAGCGUCACCUCUCCAUCUCCCAGGAGCUGGAAGACAAGGUUGGCGAAGGUCGAGCUCUCUAUAACUUGGGUAACGUGUACCAUGCUCAAGGUAAACAUCUGGGACGUAUAGGGCCUCAGGAACCUGGUGGAUUUAGUGAUGAAGUUAAACACUGCCUUCAGAAAGCUGUUGAAUACUAUGCUGCUAACCUGCGUUUGAUGGAGGAACUCAAUGAUCGAUCAGCUCAGGGUCGAGCAUGUGGAAAUCUUGGCAACACCCAUUACCUCCUGGGAAACUUCACUCAAGCUAUAAGCUACCACAAUGAGAGAUUAGCCAUUGCAAAAGAGUUUGGAGAUAAGGCGGCAGAGAGGCGAGCACAUAGUAAUCUGGGAAAUGCUCAUAUAUUCCUGGGAGAAUUUGAAACAGCAGCCGAACAUUACAAGAAAACCUUACAGCUAGCUCAAGAGCUAGGUGACCGUGCAGUCGAGGCCCAGGCGUGUUACUCCCUGGGUAACACUUAUACACUUCUCAGAGACUAUCCCAUGGCCAUCCACUACCAUCUACGACAUUUAGCUAUAGCGGAAGAAUUGACAGAUAAAGUUGGUGAAGGCCGGGCUUGCUGGAGUUUGGGAAAUGCUUACUCAGCCACAAAUAAUAAUGAGAAAGCCCUUCAUUAUGCUACCAGACACUUGGAUAUUUCAAAAGAGAUAGGAGACAAGACUGGUCAGGCUGCAGCACAAAUGAACCUCACGGACAUCCGCAAAGUUCUUGGUCUUCCCCCAACUCCAGUUGAUUCAGAAUCUUCUGAAUCUACAGAAGAUGCCAAAUCAAGAACUCGAAGGAAGUCUAUGGAAAACAUGGAUCUUCUCAAGAUGACGCCCGAUGCUAAAGGCGUACUUCGGAAAUACCAGAGUGAAGAUGCUGGUAUUGGCUCACUGUCCUCUGAUGACUCCCAUCCCGUAAAUGGCCCCUCCUACAACACUAGUUCUCAUGCUGAUAAAAAUGUGCGUGUCUUCUCUUCAUCUAGCAGCUUGAUAAAACAUCAUUCAAUUACAUGCUUUUUUACAAUAAAUUUUUCUACAUUUUAUCUAGAAACUGUAAUUGUCAUGUACAAUAAUUGUAUUUUUAGCGAGAAUAAUUUGCAUAUUACUGUAAUUCUAAUGCCUGUCUUUGUACUGAGUCAACAGGUGAAAUUAAUAGUAGAUUUUGCUUCCUCUGCAUAUACUCACAAGUUUAAUAUAUCAAUGCUUCCUUCAGGAAUGGAACUUCCAUCUCAAGCACCCAAAAUAAAGCAUGAUAAUUGUGGAGUUUUGGAGGAGCUGAUGGAGAGUAUUGCAGGAAUGCAGAGCAGGCGAAUGGAUGAACAGAGAGCAUCAUUACCUCAGUUGCCAGGUCUAAAUAACCAGCAUGCCAUUCUUCAGCGAUUGUCUGUUGCAGCCAGUGAUACUACACCUCUUCCAGAUGACAAUUUCUUUGACAUGCUUAUGAGAUGUCAGGGCUCUCGUAUAGAAGACCAGCGUAGUUCUCUUCCAAAUGAUGGUUCCCUCACUCACUCGGCUCCCACUGUUCCUGAUGAUGAUUUCUUCUCCCUUAUAAUGAGAUUCCAGUCAGGCCGUUUAGAGGAUCAGCGUUCAACGAUGCCUCUGGAAGCUACUCGGAAUAGCACACACCCAGCAACUGAUGAAGAGGAACCACCAAAUAGUGCACACUCAACAGGGGCAAAAGAUGGACUAGUUAGUAGAUUGGUGAAAGGUAGAAAAUGAAGGACUUGAGCUUGGAAAAAAACAUAUUAAACUAUUUUUUUAUAUUUUUAUUAGUUCAAAUUUCAUUAUAAAAGGGAACAAACAUUUCUAUGAUGUGUUCCAUUUAGAGUUCAUGGUGUUUCUAACUCAAACAUUUUGUACUAGUUACUUCAGGUAUUUUUGGAUUAUAGACGAGCAUUUUAUUUGAAUUGCAACAAAUGUUAUACCUAUUUGUUUCAAUAAUCAUUACUAAUACAGUGUCAUACAGUAUAUAAAAGGAAAUCUUGACUUUGAUAGCUUAUAUAUUUGAAUAUUUUGUUAGCAGGGAAUAAAACCAAAAUAUGGUUUAUAACUCAGUGGAAGUGCCAAAUCAGGGAAGGCAGGGGGCAUAUAGUAACCUGAAUGUGGCAUGUAGUAGUAGUAAUCAUGAAUGAUACAGUAGUCAUGCUUUAAAACCAGUUUUUACCAGAGCUUGUGCAUACAGUUGAAUCUGAUAUAUAGAAUACUAGAACACUGCAUUCUGUUUAAAGACUUUAAUCAGUAUAUUUUUGGAGCUAUGCCCCCUGCCCCCAUGUUUCUCCAUGGUGCUGCCACCAAUAUGACCCAAUUAAGGAAUAAUGAAUAUUAAUUCUACAUGGAAGGUUUCAAAAUUUUAAACGAAUAAUUUUAAUACUUUUCACUAACUGGAUUGUUAUGUAAAGUAUGGGGUUAAAAAUUCGAAAUGGUACAUGUAGAUUGAUUUGAAUUCUUAACCCUCAGAGGUGCACAUGACAAUCCCAUAUAGUAUGUGAGCACCAAAUAUAAUUUCAGGGCUCCAGAAUCUGUGAAUUUGUAUAUACAGUAUAUAAGAAAGUCAUGUUAUUCUAGCAGAAAAUAUAAUUUUUAUUUCACUUUAAAAUGAAAUUGAAUGUUACAUAUUUUAUAAACCAUUGUGAUUGCCAUGCAAGACAAAAUUGUAACAUUAAUAAAUUUUCUUUCAGUUUGGAGAAACUGUUGGAAAGAAUGAUGUAUACCAAAUGUAUAGUUUGUAUAAACUAGCAGGUACUCUUGAUAUGGAUGUAUGCAAUGGCUGUAGAGCUUGAUCCAGGAUGAGACAAAAUACAUUAAAUAUUGCCAAGUGUGUCAUAGCUUUGAACUUUUCCAAUGGUUUCUAAGGAAAAAUGAGGAGUAGUAAUCUCCACCAGAUGUGGUUUGUCAGUGAUGAUGUACCGAGACUUGUGUUUUGCAGUAGCAUAUCAUUUGUGUAUCUGUGCUCUACCGUUGUACAUAUGUGCAUGCACUCUUAAAGUCCCUGUGUGUAAUCAAUGAUUCUGUGAUCAGCAAUUAUUGUGAAUAUAUUGUACUAUUGCCAACCAUGUGCAAGUUAGCACUCUGUGACCUGAUUAUCUUUACUCUUAGACAUCUCUGCUCAUUAGUAGCUCCUUCCCAUCUUUUCUUUACACUGAAAAAAUCUAUUGAUAAAACAAUCUGUAUCAAGUCCAGUACUUGAUCAAUGCAUUUACAAAUACAGUAACCCACAAUUUGGAGAGAGAACUUUAAUCAAAAUUUAAUUUCAUGGGUUAUUGUCAAGUCACUGACUUUAGAAUGGUCUUGAAUGGACUGAAAAGGUCCAAGUUUCUUCUCCAAAUUAUGGAUUAUUUGUUAAUUGUUCCAGCCAUGAUAGUGACUUUUGUUCCUCUUGAUCAAGAAAGUUUCCAGUUGUUAAAUUCAAGUUCCAGAGGAUAAACUGCAUGAUUUUUAUUGUCGAUACUAAGGCAGAAAUCAGGAAUAGUAAUUCUAUAUGGAAUCUGAUAAUGAAACAACUUUUAAUUGUUCUUGUUUUAUUUACGAUAUCUUAAAUAAUGAGAUGGUAUUGGUCAGGAAUGUGUUCAGAAAAAUACACCAGUUAUUAAACAUUACCUUGCUUGUAUAUCAAUUUAUCAAAAAAUAUAUGGUAUCUGUUUUUCAAAAGAUCUUAUGCAAUUAUUGAGACGGGUCUCUUGUACACCUGUCAUAUUAUAGACAGUUUAUUUACAGUAUAGAUUAUUUGUGUUUAGGCAGUAAGUGCAUGAGUGAGUAAUAAGGUUCAUGUAUUUUUCAUAUAAAUAGCUAUUGAUAUUAAUACUGAAGCAUGAUUAUUUUUCUAA